CUGCUGAAAUCAUAUGGAGCAGCAAACGCUAAAAAGAGCUCAGCAGAAUUUACGGUCACGGCCUCCCAUCGAGAUGAUACAACCAGCAGUAUUACUGGCCCCUCUAUCCAAUUUGGGUCUAGAAUCUCCCUUUUUCAGCCAGUUGAAGCCUGGAUAGAGGUGGAAAACUUAUCCGCGGUCCCUGCAAAUGUCUGUCUAGGUGUGGAGUAUUUUAAGCCCUCCAAUCUUCCAAAGAACCCCACUCCUUCGGACUAUGAUCUCGAUGCUAUUGAUCAGGAAGAAACUGUCCUCAUAGGCGCCUACAGAUUCAUCAGUCGAUGUGGGAUCGAGAAUAAGUUGGUUCAACCGGACAAACUGUCACCUCGGCGCAUAAUGAGGCUUCCUCAUCUCAAGAAGAAAGUAACUCAGGCCGCUUCAGCUCGAAAAUUAAAGCAUUUUAGAUUAAGAGGUGGGUAA